AUGGAUUUGGGGGUUUGGAGUCGAGGUUUCAUGUUGAAAGUCGCGGCAGGCUGGAUAGUGCUCUCCAUCUUCGCCUUACUAUUGAGCGAGGCAGCUACUUCCCUCGGCCCAUCAGAUCGUCCCGAAGCUUACUUCAAUGGCAGCUCAUACAUACGCUUAUCCAGGCCCAUAUCCUUGAAGCAGCUCGUCGGGUUAAGCUUUCGCACUUGUGUUGGUGGUGAACUAUUUUCACAAAGGUCGGAAAGCUACACCCUCCAUGUGACGGCUUUGUACGAACAAGUGGUGGUCUCUUGGUCAAGACCCGGUCAGGCUCAGCGCGAGGUUGGUCUGGCAAAAGAGACCCUGGACAACCGGUGGCACUGGGUCGCGCUACGGUACCGGCCGAGCCCCCCAGCGCUGUUACUUGAAGUUGAUAAAGAAACGCUGGUGAUAUCAAAUGUGACAUGGAACGGAGAGCUUCUUUCAGCCGGCGCUUUGGAAGCCGGUGGCGCUGUGGUCGGCAACCUCUUCAGCGGCUGCUUGCACGAGGGACCACAACUGGAGUUCCACACUGCUUAUCUUCUGCAGACUAAUGUGCGAUUUGGACAUUGUCCUCUUACUACUGACGAAUGCAAGGAUAGAAAAGACGUUCUAAGGAUACCGCCGAAAGACCACUGUUACAACGAGCCUUGUUUAAGACAUGGGACAUGUAUAUCGAGACAUGACAGAUAUGAGCCAUGCCAGCAUGGGCGGUGCUACGAUGGCCACGCUUCGUACAUGUGUCUUUGCGAACCAGGUUGGGGUGGUCGCAAUUGCUCAGUGGUGUUGCAGGGGUGCAUAUCGGAUCCCUGCGCCAAUCGCGGAACGUGUCUCCCCUGGCUUGCGCACGAGACGGACCACAGAUUCAAUUGCUCGUGCGCACCUGGAUUCCAUGGUACUACUUGUGAAAAGAUAACGACAAUGUCCAUGGAAAAGAGUAGCUUUGUAGAAGUGAAUACAUCACGCGAAGAAGGAUACGAUAUAUCGUUCCGUUUCAAAACUACCCUCGGAAAUGGACUACUCGCGAUGGGACGCGGGUUGACGUACUUCUUCCUAGAACUGUCGAAUGGUAGACUGAAUCUGCAUUCCAGUCUUCUCAAUAAAUGGGAAGGGGUCUUUAUCGGAUCCAACUUGAAUGAUAGUAAUUGGCAAAAGGUGAGACAACAUUUGUAUGAUUUAGUACGUAGUCAUAAGGAGAUGUGUGUAGCUUUUACGGUGUUCGUCACAAUAAACUCAUCCCACGUGGUUCUGUCCGCCAACGAGGAGCAAGCGAUUUACCCGAUCAGUCAGAACAAGGCGUUAAACGCCAGCGUCACUUCGUUCCCCUCCACGCGGCUGGGCAUGACCGGAUCGUCGUACGCCACUCUCACGCACGGGCCGAACUACUUCGUUGGCUGCUUCCAAGAUGUCGUCGUUAACCAGCAUUGGAUUAUACCAGAAGGCUUAACGGGAGCACAGCCCGGGUACAGCGAAGGAGAAGAAACAGAAACGAAAGAACGUAACGAGGAGGGGGAGGGGGCGAGAGUGGUUCUAAGGGGCGUGCUCGCUUCUUGCCCUCGUACGCCGCAGUGCGAACCCAACCCAUGCCAAUCUGGGGGACACUGCGGAGAUGCCUGGACGACAUUUGCCUGCUCCUGUCCUAGACCGUAUCUGGGACACACUUGUCAAUACAACUACACAGCAGCUACCUUUGGACAGGAGUCGGCUCGUCGUCACUCUAUCGUAGUCGUGACUGUGUCUGAGCUAGCCCGACGAUCCGUGCACGCGGCGAUCGAUAUAUCUAUGUUCGUGCGUACGCGCAAGCCAACUGGCCAAAUCUUCUAUCUGGGUUCUGGAUUUAGCAGAGAUGGAGGCACUGAUGAAACUUUAGUGGCAGCAUCGUUGAAGGGUGGUGAGCUCUUGGUACAUUUGCGUCUUAACCACACACCCGAAAACUUUACAGUAGGUGGCACUAGAUUAGACAAUGGACACUUGCAUCUUAUCCAGGUGAUGCGAAAUUCAACGUUGGUCCAAAUUAAACUUAACGGUACUGAGUACUUCAGGAAAUCUAUUUCAGCAGCCAAACAGCUUGACGCACAGGUAUUGUAUUUAGGUGGCCCUCCGACAAUUCCAACCAAUUUGCCCCUACCACCAUCACCAGAGCCAGACGACGCUGAAUACUUCAAGGGCGUCAUCCAAGAUGUGCAAAUAUCAAACGGCCUGAACGUCACAAUUGUAGAAUUCUUCCCAUUGCGAGUGGAGGAAGUGUCUCUUCCACCACCAUUUGGGGUCGUGGAGCUAGAUCCGGAAGGGGUGUUGCGUGGUGUGAUCUCUGAUGAUGUCUGCGCAUCCAUGCCUUGCGACUACAACGCGAUUUGCACUAAUACUUGGAAUGAUUACAUGUGUACAUGUCCUCGUGGUUACAAAGGCAAGCAGUGUGAUGAAGUGGAAUUCUGUCAGCUUCAAGGAUGCCCGUUGAAUUCGCACUGUCGUAAUCUUGAUAGAGGAUUCGAAUGCGUUUCUAACGCUACAUUUGACGGAAUGAACACUACACUAACGUACAAGCUAUGGACACCGGCAGCGGACGCGUUCGCCGAACAAGUAGAUCCGCCCCAUAUGCUCACUCUUACUUAUAGAAGCAAAGUAGGUGGAAGGAUAUUCCAUGCUGAAUUAGAUGACACAGAAGGCAUCGAAACAGAGAAGAAUACGACUAAUGGCGGCGUGUCUUGGUUCAACGUGGGCGUCUACCGAGGUCAAGCGACGCUACAAUGGCGUCUUGGUGGAUUGCCGGCUCUGCGGACACUGAGAGCUCACAUUGAUCCUCUUCGUUGGACCACGCUCAGGCUUACGCUUGCGGAUGAUCACAUUAAAGGUACCUUCGUUGACCAAGAGGGCCAUGAAGAAUUUAGCUUGAUGGACAAAAUUAACGUGGCUGCCUGGCAGAAGCUUAUGAUGCGCGGUGUCAUCACACUGGGAGGAUCGAAAGGACACGCGUCCGUUACUACUAAGGCACGCCCCCCUACUACGGCUACCACAUUUGUGGGUUGUCUCGGAGCAGUGCACGUGGGCGGGCUUCUGCUGCCCUACUUCACGGAGGAAGAACUUUUCCUAGGUCCUGCAGCAGCGCUGCUCGCCGCUCAGCCGCACUACGCGUUACUUUCUGGGUCACCGUGGGGCUGGAGCGAAGGCGUUGGUUGCGUUUUGUGCUUGGAACAGGAGUGUCAACGAGGCGCACACUGCGAGGAUGUAAGAAACAGCUACUCGUGCGCAUGUCCGCCGGGCUACGCGGGAGAUUAUUGUCAGGUUGAUAUAGACGAAUGUGAGAACAAUCAGUGCCAGCACGGGGCAAAAUGUAAAGAUGACGUCGCCAAAUAUUUCUGCCUUUGUCCAGAGGGGUAUGACGGUGAUCUAUGCGAGCACGACAUAGACGAAUGCGAGUCGAGUCCGUGUGCCCACGGCGGGAGCUGCGUGAACUUGGCCGGCGGUUACCGUUGCGAGUGCAGUCCCGAGAGGCGCGGAGCUCGCUGCCAGUUGCCACGCGACAGAUCGUGUGCGCACGCGCCGUGCGCCCAGCACGCUUCGUGCACUGACGUCUAUGAUGCGUCCUCUGGCAACAACUACACCUGCGUCUGCGAAGAGGGUUGGGUCGGUGUGCACUGCGAGAUGCCUUUCUGCGAGCCUCCUGUCUGUUUGUGCGAGCCUGGUUACAGCGGCCGGCAAUGUGAGCGUGAAUUGGACGCGUGCGCUAAAGCGGGCGAGGAUGCGUGCGCGCACAAUGGCCGAUGUAGAACGACGAGGGGGCGUGCUGAAUGUGACUGUCCUCCAGAAUGGCGUGGCACCCGUUGCGAGGUUGAUGUGGACGAAUGUGCCGAACUGCUAGUUGAUUGUGGGCCCGGAAUCUGUCGGAAUCUACCUGGCGGUUACACUUGCGAAUGCUCGCCCGGUCUCUGCGGGGACGGGUGUGCCUUAGCAGAUCCCUGCUUCGAGGUGUUCACCGAAGAGAACGGCGCCAACCGCACCGGGCCGUGUCUCAAUGGUGGUUCUUGCUCGCAGCGAUGCAGAAAUACCACGGACUACUAUUGCGACUGCGCACACCCCGCUACAGGGAAAGAUUGCGCGCAGCUUCUAACAGCAGAUGAAGACGUAUAUAAUACUACAAAGAUCCUACUAGUGGUGGGCGGGGCGUUGCUCUGGGCUCUAAUCCUAGGAGGAGGCUUGGCUUUACUGGCUGCGCACAUGAGGAGGAAGCUCGCUACUCGCGGCAAGUACUUAACUUCCGGAGAGAAGUAUUGCAAUCCCAAAGCAAAGACGACGCAAAAUGCUCUCAAGCCGCCACCAGAGAAGGGGCGUAUCUAG